AUGGCCGAGAUCCGCCGAAAACUCGUCAUCGUUGGCGAUGGUGCCUGCGGUAAAACCUGCUUGUUGAUUGUCUUUUCUAAGGGUACUUUCCCCGAGGUCUAUGUGCCCACCGUCUUUGAGAACUAUGUCGCCGACGUUGAGGUCGAUGGCAAGCACGUCGAGCUAGCCCUUUGGGAUACGGCUGGUCAAGAAGACUACGAUCGUCUACGCCCUCUAUCCUACCCCGACUCCCACGUGAUCCUCAUCUGCUUCGCCGUCGACUCGCCCGACUCACUCGACAACGUCCAGGAGAAGUGGAUUUCCGAAGUUCUUCAUUUCUGCCAAGGCCUCCCCAUCAUCCUUGUCGGCUGCAAGAAGGAUCUUCGAUACGACCCCAAGACGAUUGAGGAGCUUCGUAAGACGAGCCAGAAACCCGUCUCUCCUGAAGAGGGUGAGGAGGUUCGAAAGAAGAUUGGCGCCUACAAGUAUCUCGAGUGCUCUGCUAGGACCGGCGAGGGUGUCCGGGAGGUGUUCGAGCACGCCACCCGCGCGGCUCUCCUCUCUCGCAAGUCCAACAAGUCGCACAAGAAGUGCUUGAUCUUGUAA